AUUGCUAUUGUCAGGCACUCUCAUAUCCUUUUAGUUGUUUUGCUGCUUGGCCUCGGGCUCGCCUGGUCUCACACACAUAACUUUUUGUGUUGCGAGAAGCUGCUUCAUUGUUUAUCAGCUGCAGAUUGCAUUGUUAUGCUCCCUGACAACUGAGCAUUUGAAGAUGAUGCGAUUGCUGCUCCUGUGUCUGCUGCUGCCAACUGCUACCGCUCAUUCGAAUAGGGAUACGGAUGAGAACGGAUCUGGCGAUGGAACGAAUCUAUUUGACGAUGAAGAUGAAGACUUAUUGCUUCAAGGCACAAGAAGUGAUCUAUCUGGCAGCCAUGGAAUAACAGGCGACGAAAGUGAAUCAGACCAGAUAACAAUGAUUAUCAUCAUUGUUGCGGUGGUAGCUGUGGCUCUUUCAGUUGCAGCUGUAAUUGCCAUUUUCUUAGUGAGAAGACACAGGAACAAACAACAGCAAGGGAUUUACUCUGUUCCCAUCGACCAGGACAAGAAAGAGGCAGUUUAGCUCCUGGAUGAGAGAGCACACAUUUGGAAUAAGGAGCAACAUGCUUUGUCAUCACCUAUUUUUGACUCAGGAUGGACUUUUUUUGCACACAAACCUGCUGCUCCCUGCUCAAUUCUCUGUCUCAAACAAAUGCUAUUAUUGUUUCAUCUUUGCUGAUGUCAUUUGAUGUACGUGUUAUCUUGCCUGGGACUUUUGGAACAUGUUGAAACCCUUUAAUUGGUUUCCAUUUGAGGAAUCCAAAUCAAAGCUGGUGAAUAUGGCUUAGAGCUUAUUUUGUCAAAAGGGAUAAUUUGGCACAGCCAGAGCCCCCUUUACACUACCUGAACAAUGUAUUACUUAUUGCUGUAAAACCAUAUUUGCUGUCUGUGGAGCUGGCCUGUUUAUAGUGAGACAGACCAGGCUGAUCCAUGCUAAACCAGACCAGCUCUCUGCUCCAUUUCCCAUUUACUUGUCUGACAUCAUCUGUGCCCUACUCAUUAACACUGACUGACUGCUGCAGCGACACACAGGCAAAACCUGCUCCCACAUCAAGAACACAGACGUGAAUAGAGUGUGAACCUUGCAAAGCAUAAAAUUAUGUCUUUUCAUUUGAAUGGCUUUCACUUUAACAUUCUGUUUCACAGAUUGUAAAUACCUCUUUCAAUUCUGGAGACAUUAAAAGGAUUGAAUGGCAUUCUUGGGCAAAUAUCAGUCACACUUGUAUAGAGCACGAUGGCAUAUAUUUUCUGUUUUUAUUAUUUAAAUGGAAAUUAACCAUGCCCUUUAAUCAAUGGCUUUCAUUUCAAGGCACUGGUUGCCUUUCUCUCUUUCGUUUGUACAUAAGGAAAAUGCCUUAAGGGUAAUGUAGCUGUCUCCUGUGCAGAGGUAGGCCAAAUGUAGAUUUUUAUUCACAGUAAAGUUACAAAUGAAGUCAAACACUGAUAAUGACAGUGUUUGGAUCUGUCUAAUCAUCUCCCCGUGCUUUUCCCACUUGCUCUCUGCUGGGGGCGGCUGUGUCCUGGCCAAACCACACCUCCUGAAGCUGCAAUCAUGUUUGGAUCAGGAUGUGCAGUGCCUUAAAUACACUUAAAUGCUAUGUACCACACACUCUUAAUCACCCACUCCUGUAUCUUUCAUUCCUCUUAUGAUAUGUUUUUGUGUUGUUUUGUACUUGUAGCAUUGCCCAAUAAGUCAUCAAGAAAUGUAAGGCAAAUUGGUCAAAUGUUAAAUGAAACAUUUCAAUAUUUUUAUAUCCACAUAAUCACAUUCAGUCUUAACAUGUUACCACUUAUACAGUAGCUUUAUUCAUCAGUUUACCACAAUAUCACAAUAAAUGUAUUCCUACAUGUGGAUAGUUUAAAUGCAUGAUUACUUUUAUGUUUCUAAUCUUAAUGUAUAUACUAUAACUCCAAUUGCUCUGUGGGGAGAAGUGGUUUCUGCUCUAUCAAAAAUCUUAUUUAUAACCUGUGUAAAAAACAAAACAAAUGGGGGUUGGAUUUUGUAACAUUUGUUUAUAGAUUCUAACAUGCAUUAUUAAAAUAAUAAUUUGGUUUGAUA